GGCUGCCUACCUUCCAUAGGCUCUCGCGAAAUCACAAAAAAAGCCACAAUAAAUACCUGAAGCAAGGCAAACACCUUCACUUUAGACACAUCUGUAAGUGUGAGGUUGUUGUUUUAUUUUCACUUUAUUCUACUGUGAGUUUUUUUUAUUUUUUUAUUUUUUAAACAGGGAUUUCUUUAUCAAGGUGCAUUUAGUUUAGUUUUAUUUCUGUCUUGUGUUCAUCAUGACGGCGACUUUAGACUAUUUGGUGGUUUUAUUUAAUACAACGUCAGGGUUCAGCGGGGCUAAUUUGGGAUCUGAUGAAAAGGAACUCGUUCAGUUGGUGUGGCAAGUUGUGGAUUUGUCGAACGAGAAGGCUGGAAAACUCCGUGAAGUUUUAGUGAGACCUGAUAACUUGGAACUGACAGAAGACUUCAAAGAAGCAACUGGCCUUCAAAAAGAAGCAAUUUCUGCUGCUGAUCCUUUCGAGCAGUUCUUCAAUCAGUUUAACCAGCUGGUGGCUAAUGAACCAAUUCUUGGAGUGGGAACUUCAUUCUGUCUAUGUACUGAUGGGCAGCUUCAUAUUAGACAAGUCCUUCACCCAGAGGCAGCCAACAAGAAUGUCAAGCUGCCUGAAUGUUUUCAUUCAUUUUUUGACCUGCGAAAAGAAUUCAAGAAAUGCUGUCCUGAUUCACCUGAUCUGAAAGACCUGGAUAUUCAAGUUAUGGCCAAUUACUUAAACAUUGAAACUGAUCCAACCGGUUACAGAGGGGCAGCUAUGCAAGUUCAAACUAUGGUUACCAUCAUUCUGAAACUGAUUUCAGAUCCAAUCAACCAUAGAUUCUGUAAUCCAGAAAGAGUAAAUCACAAAUUUGAAACUGGUACUUGCGGCAAAAUGGAAGUCGUUGAUGACAACACUGUGAUCCGAGCAAGGGGGUUGCCCUGGCAAUCCUCUGACCAGGACAUUGCCCGAUUUUUCCAGGGUCUCAACAUUGCAAAAGGGGGAGCUGCACUCUGUCUAAACGCACAAGGAAGAAGGAAUGGGGAGGCGUUGGUAAGAUUUGUGAGUGAGGAACACAGAGACCUAGCACUGCAAAGACACAAACACCACAUGGGAAAUCGAUACAUUGAGGUUUACAAGGCCACAGGCGAGGAUUUCCUUAAAAUUGCUGGAGGUACUUCCAAUGAAGUGUCUCAGUUCCUCUCCAAAGAGAACCAAGUGAUCGUUCGCAUGCGUGGUCUCCCGUUCACCGCCACUGCUGAAGAAGUGUUAGCAUUUCUUGGUCCCAGCUGCCCUGUCACCGGUGAGAAAGAAGGAAUCCUUUUUGUCAAGUACCCUGAUGGCAGGCCUACGGGGGAUGCUUUUGUAUUAUUUGCUUGUGAGGAAUUCUCGCAAAACGCCCUUAAGAAACACAAGGACAUUCUGGGGAAGAGGUACAUCGAACUGUUUAAAAGCACGGCAGCAGAGGUGCAGCAGGUGUUGAAGAGGUACACAUCUGCGCCUCUCAUUCCUAUAGCCCCUUCCAUUAUUCCUGUACUACCUCAGCCAUUCAUGCCCCCUCCUAGUGUCAGAGAUUGUGUCCGUCUGAGGGGCCUACCCUACAUCGCAUCCAUCGAGGACAUACUGGAGUUUCUCGCAGAGUUUACUAUGGACAUCAGGCCUCAUGGCAUCCACAUGGUGUUAAACCAGCAGGGUCGUCCUUCAGGAGACGCCUUCAUCCAGAUGAAAUCUCCAGAGUGGGCUUUCCUGACAGCACAGAAGUGUCACAAGAGAACCAUGAAGGGCCGCUACGUGGAAGUCUUUCAGUGUUCAGCAGAAGAUAUGAAUAUUGUAUUAAUGGGGGGCACAUUAAAUCGGAAUGGCCUGUCCCCGCCGCCAUGUAAGUUACGACGUCUGUCUCCUCCUGGGUACGUCUUUCAUCCCCCUACAGCCAUUAUCCCUGCAGAAGCUGCCAGCCUCUAUCAGCCCCAGAUGCUUCUCAAUCCCCGGGCCCUGCAGCCUCCCACAGCUUUCUACCCCGCUGGCACUCAGCUCUUUGUGAACUAUGCUGCAUACUACCCAAGUGGCCCCACUGGCUCCCCAACCAGGGGACAACUACUUUGCCUCCCUGCUGCACCGACGUCGGACCUGGUUACCAGCCUAGUCCCCGCGACAAUGGUCAGGAUGCAGAGCCUGGCCUAUAGCAACACAGGUGUUAAGGACAUUCUCAACUUUUUCCAGGGCUACCAGUAUGCAUCAGAAGAUGGACUUGUACAUGCACAUGACCAAGCCAGGACACUACUCGCACAUCCCAAAGAAUGGGUCUGUAUUUAAAGGACCCUUCCCAUUAAACAUCUUGUGAAGAGAAGGAAGAAUCAUCCAGAGUCUGUGAUAAUGAUGAUGGUGAAUAAUUUAUACGAACAGCCCAGCAGCAAUGCCUUAUUGACAUGUCCGCCCUGCAGUCAGCCAAGCAAAUGAACAGCUCAGCAGCAAUGUGUUAUUGACAUGUCCGCCCUGCAGUCAGCCAAACAAAUGAACAGCCCAGCAGCAAUACCUUAUUGACAUGUCCGCCCUGCAGUCAGCCAAGCAAUCUGUGCAAGACAGGAACCGUUCUCACAUUGGGGUCCACUAUGUGGACCUUCAGCUGCUGUAGAAAGGCCAACACGCAGUAUCAUGGGGACACAUUAUAAAACCCUGUGAGUCAAAUAACAAAGUGGAGCUUAACUCAUGUUUAACAUGUUUUAAAAAUAAAUAAAUAAAAAAUAAUGAUUUUUGAACUUUUUUGAUGUAAAUAAUAAGCUUGAGCAUCUCAGAUUUAUAAAUUCAUGUGUACAUGAAGUAAAAGUAUCUUUUUUUUUAAAUUUCUGUACCAGCUUUAUUUUAAAUUGCACAAGGUGUUGCCUGAAGCCUUAAACUGAAAAUGUUAGACACGGUAUUAUUGUAUAUGCCAAUACAAACCCAAUGCCUGCUACUGUUUGUUUUUAUAGUGUUGUAUCGUACAAUAUUGCAUGCAGUGUUCAAGAGGGGAGAGAGCUGGAUUAUGAGUAGUUGGGUUUUCAUGUCCAGUUUAUCAAUCCUCAAAGAGCUGUAGUGCCAAUAAAGUGUGUGUAUAUAUAUAUUAGUCAAGUUGUAAAGUCUGCGCAGGGAUUGCAUUAGUUGUUUGCUAUGUGAACAUUCAUGUAGUUAGUCUUAAGAAAAUGGUCAAACUAAAUAAAACCAAUGGAAUUGGUUGGUUUUAUGUUCCAAAGAAUAACAAGUCAGUUGCUGUAGCUGCAGGUAUCACUGAAUGUAGAAAAACUACAGGUGAGACCGUGCUUUAAUGCUCGCAAAGCAAACAAAAAUGUUAUAAUUCUCUAACACUUUAAUAGUAUUCAAGUCAACACUGUAUAAACUGCUUGCUCAAUUUGUAUGACUGGUAUCCUAUAGCUAGAUAUAUUGCACAAUUAUUUUGUAUUUAAAUGUUUACACUUGCUUUCCAGCCUGUUCUGCCAAAUUGAAGCUACAACAAGUUCUAGUGCAUGUCAAUAAGACUGACUGUGUUUUCUUGUACAGUGUGUUGCCAAAUGCUUGAAGUGCAUGUUAUUUUAAAUACAUAUGGAGCAGUUGGAUUUAAAUUAAAAACCGGUAUACAUUGCAUUACUAAACUUGUUAGCAAUUAAUACACAAUUGGUAAGUCAACUGAUACCAUUUAAUUCAUUUUCAAUGAAUUGCGCAAUGUAUUACUAAACUAGCGUCAAAAAUAAAAUUAAACUAUUCGGUUAUUUGAAAAUUAUUCAAUCUUAAGGACUGGAAAAAAUAUAUAUAUCUUUAGAUAAUGUUUUUUUCUAUUUUUAAAUAGCUAUAAGAUGUGCAUGUCCAGUCUUUAUUAUUCAUGAAAUACAAAAAACUAUAUAUAAAUAAUGAACCAUUUAUGAAAUUAAUGAAAAUAUUGAAGUAGUAAGAUAAAUCAAUUUUUGUUCUUGCGCUGUGUAAUUUAUAGUAGUAUAGUAGUGUAAUUUAUAGGCAACUGUCAUUAGUUCCAAAAACAUAAUGCUUGAGAGAAAUAGUAUUCAUAUGUAUUACCCUUGGAUGUAUGCCAAUAAUAAAUCCACUCUUUAAUUGAUUUACAUGUACAUGCUGUUACAGAUUAUUUGUGUAUUAUGUGUAAUGCUUGAAUAAAAUAUUGUAGAUAUA